AUUGGCAAGUCAGCGAAAACAUUGUUAAUUAAUUCUAAAGUCAAUGAAAGUUUGGUGUUUUUUUGGUCAGCCCAAAAGUUCAUGUUUCUUUUGGCAAUUGGUGCAAAGUUAAGGUUUUUUUGGCCGAAUUCUCAAUAAAGAAGAAGUCAAUUGACAUUUCUGUGAUUGACACCUGUCUUUUAAGAUUUUCUUUUUUGAAAAAAUUAUUUACUUUAAAAACAAAAAAAGAAAACAUCUUUUUAUUGAAAAAUAUGUAACUGUAUACAACUUUGGUUUUGUCAUAAACCCAAUAAGAUAUAAUUUGUUCAAUACACGUGACAACUCCCUUUUUUAGUUUGGAAAUCUGAGUACAAUUUUUCUCCACUAAAACUAUUUCUUAAUUUAUUUUAUUUUUUUCUUCAAGCACAAUAUCUUUCACAUUCUUCCCCACUAUCCCGUAAAUCCAGCCAUCAACUUCACGAUCUGAUACUCUAUCAUCAACUACCUCUCUUAUAUAUACAAAUAUGAAAACCUAUCGCCGGAAAAAAACCCACUAUCGUUUUAGCAAAAGGUAUAGUGACCUUUUGGAUUUUUCUGAUUUUAUAAUCUGCUAUCUUGAAUUUCUUUCCCCAUUUUUUCCUAUAUCAAAUUGCCGACUCUAAUCUUAAUUUUUUCCAGGUAUUGUUCUAGCUAUGAGCAAGAUGAAGCUUGCCUUCACUCCUGUUGCUCAGUUAAAGCCAGAUUCUGAAAACGAAAUCUGGAAAAUUAAGGUUCGAGUAGUCCGUAUGUGGCGAUUUCAGAAUGGCGUUAAGCCUGGAGAUGUUGGUGGAAUCGAUUUAAUACUUUUGGAUGAUAAGGGAGAUCGUAUACAAGCUUGCAUUAGAGAAAAACUGAUAUCUAAGUUCGAGGACGAUUUGGGAGAAGGAAAAUGUUGUAUUAUGAUGAACUUUAAGUUGUCUCCUAAUCUUGGGAAUUACAGAGGAACACCACAUCCUUUCAAGAUAUUUUUCACUUGGUCAACACACGUUAAGAAGAAUUGCGAGGAGAUUCCAAACGAUUCACUUCGUUUUAAUUGCAUAUCUUUUGAUGACCUUCUUUCACAGAAGCAUGAUGAGAAAGUUUUUGUAGAUGUAAUUGGAGAAAUUGUUGGACCUUGCGAUCUGAAAGAAAUUACAGUUCGUAAUGUUCCAUGUAAAAUUUUAAAUCUUCAACUCAAGGAUUGUGGUGAUUCAAUCAUUAAUUGUGUAUUUUGGGAAAAAUAUGCUGAAGACAUCCAUUCCUAUGUUCAAUCCUUUUUUGGUGGAGCUAUAGUUCUGCUUUGCAGUCUUAUGAGAAUUAAUAUUUAUAAUGGUAAAUCUGUUCAUAUUACUAUACUUUUAUUAAAAAAGACAAAUAUUUAACUCACGAUCCAAAGUGG